CGCACUGGUAGGCUACCAGUGAGUAGUGGUAGCGUACCAGUACCACUGGUAGCGUACCACUACCUCUGAUAGGUACCAGUACCACUGGUAGCGUACCACUACUCAUUGGUGGUGCUACCACUAGCACUGGUAACGUACCACUAGCAUUGGUUGCGUACCAAUAGCACUGGUAGUGUACCACUAGAGACUAAGACAGAAAAACCAUAUAUGAAAUCUGAAAAAUCCCAGAUCUAAAAAAAAAAAAUAGGGGAUGAGGGAAGGGGAAGGCAGAGGAGAGGUGGUUACCUCGUGGUGGCGGCGACGGCAGUGUGAAGACAGGUGGUGGUGGGAGGUGGAGGAAGAAUGGAAGGGGGAGGCAGAUGCGACUUUGGUGAUGGUGGUGGGAGGUGGUUGCAGCGGCAGAGGGCGGCGACCGGGAGAGGCUGUGAUGGUGAUGGCGCCGACGGCAGGGGGUGACGACGGAGGGCGGCGGGAGGGCUCGAUGGUGGUGGCUCCGAUGGUAUGGGCAGGUGUGAUGAAGAAGAAGAGGUAGAAGAAGGGAGAACUGGUGGUGGUGGCUGCAGAGAGGGGGAUCUGAUUAGGGUUUUUAGAGAAAGGAAAGGAUAUGGAAAUUAAUAGUGAUAGUAAUCCUAUGUGGUUAGUUUUUUCAUUCUAAAAAUACCCUUCGUGUAAUACUAACCAUCGAUUUAAAAAAAGGUGAAAGAGACAAGAGAGAGAAUGUAUCCAAUGGCUACAAAAUGGGUUGUGAAUCUGACAACCCCUAAAGGGGUUGUGACAUUAUCUCAUCCCCCUGACAUAUUAUAUGUGUUCAAGUUGUUAGUGUCAUAUACUUGACGAACACACGACCCGACCUCAAAACGGGCAAAUACAUUUAAUUUGUAACG